ACGUGAAAGGUUGCAACAAAAUAAAAACAAACUGAAGAGCAAUAAUGGUCUGAAAAUAGUUUUGUCUUAAAAUGGACAGUCAGACUUCAACGUUAUUAGGUAAUGAAUCACGGUGUGUACUUUUUAAUGCACACUCAGAAGACUAUCAAUGCGUGGUGAUUUUAUUAGUAAAACGAGCCACUGGGACCUUCUCCUUACUAGGAUGCUUUUUUAUGUUGUUUGUAAUCUGGGUGCUUCGGAGGUAUCACUCUUUGGCUCAGAAGAUGAUUCUCAGCCUGACUGUAGCAGCCUUCUUCGACAGCGUAGCAUAUGUCAUGGGGGAAAGCCAUCCGGAGGGAUCUCUUUGUGACUUCCAAGCCUGGUGGCUGACAUACUUUGACUGGAGUGCCUUGGCUUGGGUUUGCCUCAUCACACUGAACCUGUAUCUUAACUUGGUGAGAGAAAUAAGCACCAACAGCUAUGAAAUGUUGUACCAUCUGAUGGCGUGGGGGGUGCCUUUGGUCAUGGCCUCUUUGCCACUAUUCAAGGGUUACUAUGGCCCUGCAGGAGCCUGGUGCUGGAUCACAGACGAUCACGUAGCCUGGAGAUUUGGGAUAUGGUACGUGCCCCUCUUCAGCCUCAUCUUCCUGAUGAUCUGCUGCUACGCUCGGAUCAUCUGUGUGGCCAACAAGAGAAUGCAGUCAUGGCUGGGAACUUUCAACCCAGAGAGGGAGAGGCGAAAGGUUUCCUUGGCUGAGGAGAUCAAGCCACUGAAGUGGUAUCCCUCCGUUUACCUGCUGGUGUCCAUCUUUCCUCUCAUCAACAGACUCCAUAAUGCCUUCUACCCUCACGAUCCUUCGUUCUCCCUCACCCUUUUGCAUGUCCUGUCAGCACCCCUCCACGGCUUGGCCAAUGCCUUUGUUUUUGGCCUGGAUAGAGAUUGGUGGAGCCUACUGAGCCCAACUGGCAUGCAGCUGGCUCUGCAGUCACGGCUGUGUGACCGAACUCGGAUUGGAGAGUACUACCCGGGGGCGGUGCGCUACACACAAGCAGACCUGGCUGACCUAAGUGAUGAUGACGACGACGACACCAAUGUGCUCUUCUACUCUCCUGACAUGACCCUGAAGGACCGCGGUCCCUGAGAGAGAGCAGGAGAGGAAGAGGGAGACAAAGAGCUGGAAGGAAAGAGGCACAAAGUAGGGUCACAGCCAGACAGAAACACAGCGGAUUAGCAACUAAGAGGGAGGAAAAAAGAAUGUAGGGAGAGAAUGGAAGGGAAGAUUGUGGGGACAGUCAGGCAGAUAGAAGCCGGAGAUGAGCUGUCAGGUUCUAUUAUUAAUCCCCAUCCUUUACUAUUUAAUAUCCUUAAGACAUACACCACACAUACAGAGCAGAGCUCCAGCUCCCUGCAACACUACCAUCAGAGCUGGAAGGAUUCUCCUAAUGUUAAAGGCAUCUGCUGCAUCUCCAAGGUCUUGAAAUGAUUUACCUCUCUGCACCAUUUUCUCAUGUAUUGUGCAGCCUUUUUCCAUGCCAAGGAACAAAAAACACACCAAAAAAAUAAGAAAAAAAAAAAAAGCAUAAAGGACCACUGAAAGGCAAUCAUAACAAGGUGUUCCUUAAGCACUCACAGCAAUCACCUUUUCACUUCUCUGCACGAAAUGAGCCGAAAAGCAGGCCUUUAAAAAUCACCCCGUGUGUCAGCAUCUAGAUCUACCAUUAGAUUGAUCCCAAUACUACAUAAUUUUCUUGCCAAUUUCGGGGGGGGG